AUGCACAGUUAAAAGUUAUUAUAUAUUCUGCUACACAUUUACAUUGCUUGAAUCAGCUGAUGUACUCUUUAUGUUUUAUUCUGAUUUUUCGUUGUACACCGAGGUCGAAUUGUAGGGCUGUGAGUGCAUGUUUGACUUAGUUGAUUGUUUUGGAUCGGUGGAAACUUAUGAAGGAGCACACGUUGUUUUCCUUCGUCAAUCUCGGUACCCCGUUUGGGUAUACGAAUUCUUGUUCUUGAUGGAUUUUGAACCUGUGAUCACUGUGCCCAGGGGGACGGACCAAUUUCAGUCACUGGAAACAUCCCCUAGUAACUAUUUUCAGUCAUGACACAUUACAGUAUCCGAUACCUAUGCGUGGUUUUCAAUUAAGGUUAUUGAAUAGGAACAGAAAUAAUCUUCGAAUUUUACAGUUGCAGAUAACGAAUUUCUGGCAUAAGAGAUUCACAUAACACAAAUACACAUUGUUUUUAGCAAGAAUUAAUGGUUAAUGUGGAUAACGACCCUAUCGUUUGCGUCAUGUAAGUAG